AUGAAUGAAGUAUUUAAGGUGGAACAUUGUGGCUCUAUCGGUAUUGGACUAAUUGCAGUUAGGAAUAUUAAAAGCGGUACUGCUAUUGUGACUCAGAAACCAGUUAUUUCUAUUUCAACCGAUGGAAUCAUUUUCUAUUCUUGUUUGGGAGAAAAAAUUAUAUUAUCUGAGAAUUUUACUAGUAGAUUGUCUAAAAUUUGUUGUGAUCGCCACGGUAAAUUCUUUCAGGUAUUAAAAUAUGUCAAUGGUAAAGCAAUUAACAACAAUGCCAAGGUUGGCCCAUGUAUGAUCAAAACAUUAUUUUUGAUUGUAACGGAGGAAAAUGUUAAUGUCUGGUCACAUAGCAAUUACGAAAAGGUGAUGAAGAAUCAAAGUUCAUUUGCGCUGGCUAAUAUUGCAAGGGAAGCACUACUGAAUUUUGGUAUUGACAAAUCAAUAAAGGAUAUUUUAAGGGUAAUAACAUGCAUCUCUGAGAAUUCAUUUUCUAUAGAAAAUAACCAUCAUGUGUAUGGAUCUGCGCUAUAUAAACCACCAAUCACAAAAGUUAAUCACAGCUGCAAUCCAAACUGCACAAUCAAAUUCAGUGCCAAUGUUAUAACUAUGGAAGCUUUAAGAGAUAUUCGGGCGGGCAAACAAUUGUUCAUAUCAUACACCUAUAAUGUACAGCCUAGGAAUGUUAGACAGGCAAAUUUACUAGAGCAAUAUGGAUUUGAAUGCAAAUGUGUUUAUUGUUACGGAGUGAAAGCUGAAUACCGAGAGGCCAUGUUAAGAUUCAAUUUUUGUCCCAAUAAAGAUUGCCGAAAUUCGGCAAAAGAGGUGUUUGAGAAAAUUGUUGAAUUACCAUUAGAUGAUGAAAAAGUGAUGUGUCGAAUAGCGUUUAGGUGUAAUUAUACGGAGUAUGUGCCCAAGAGUGUCGCAACAAGUCUGGGUUUACUAGGAAUUGAUGGCGAUUAUAUGAAGUGUUGGAAGUGUAAUAGCACUUGGAGUAGUUUAAAAUUAUGUGAAAAUGAAUCUCUCCUCGUGGAAGGGGUUCGGAAAGAUAUAUUGUACAAAAGUUUAAAUUACACUAAAAACUGGAUACAUACACAAAAUUUAAUAUUCGGAUACUGGUUAAGUAUGUUAAGUGGUCAUAAAUUGUAUUAA